UAUCGAUCAGUGAUUGAUACCGCACUUGACAAGGAGAGCUUUACUGCGCUGGUCGCAGUUUUAAAAAGGAAAAUAAAAAUCCACUGCUGGUCAGGAAAUGUCAUCAACAAGUAAAAUAACGUGUAUCUUAACAUUUUUGACGUUAUUGGUCCUAAUAACAGCACAACAAACUCCAGGACCUAAGCCAAGCGGAUCUUGUGCAAACACCACUGGACUCCCCUGUCCACACGUCUGUCCGUGUUAUGAGAAAAAGGCUCCCGAGGACUGCUUCUCUUUUGAUGAGUUUGGGAAUCCGUUGCCAUGCCCAAUGAUAGAUUUCAAUGUAACUCUAUCCAGAGCCAGAAACGAGACUUCAGAGGCGGAAGUCUUUGAGGCAAAUUCUGUCAUGGGUACAUGUUCCCGCCAUGCUAAGUAUCUUGAUACUUGGGCCAGACUUACAGAUGACACAAAACAAAAGAUUAAAAAUUUCCUCUCCAACCCUGCCGACCCAAGUAUCACCUACCAAGACAUCGAGAAAAUGCCCAUCGAAGCUUUUUCUGCUGCUAACAAGACUUUGUGGCGAGAGGUCAUGUCCAAGGCAUCAGACAGACAAAAACUGGCUAUUCAGAUGAAGGUCAUGACGAGUAAGGACUGUGAAGUUCAAAGCAUGCUCAAAGGACUCAACUUUACCAAACUCUAUCUGGCCAGUGAAGCAAAGAAAGAGGUAGAUGCUACCAUUUUUGGAGAAGAUCUCUGCCGUGCACUUCUGCAUAACUGUUCAUAUCUACCACCAGAGCUCUUUACGUUCAUUAACACCACAGCUCCAAUUUGCUUCUUAUAUUUCGGUGAAGAUUGCUUAGGCUCAAAAGACGGAAUGAAAUUCUUUGGUAAUUUUACCGGAUUGCCAUGUCCAAAGGAGUGUCCAUGCUACAAGGAUAAGGGUAUAGGAGACGGCUUCUCCUUUGAUCAAAAUGGACUUCCCCUACCGUGUCCAAAUAUAGACAUGAAUGUUACUCUAUCAAGGGCCAGGAACGAAACGUCAGAAGCAGGAGUGUUUGAGGCAAAUUCUGUCAUGGGUACAUGUUCCCGCUAUGCUAAGUAUCUUGAUACUUGGGUCAGACUUACAGAUGACACAAAACAAAAGAUCAAAACUUUUCUCUCCAACCCUGCCGACCCCAGUGUCACCUACCAAGACAUCGAGAAAAUGCCCAUCGAAGCUUUUUCUUCUGCUAACGUAAGUAUGAAUUCGAUACACACAGAAAUGGCUUUUCACACACAUAAAGUUAGCGGAGAGUUUAACACAAAGCGAAGCUAA